AUGGCCGAAGGUGCAGAGGUCUCGAAUGGCCACAUAGUAGUUACUGUGCCGACUUGGGCGGCAGCCUGCGAAAACUACAAUGGGACGACACAUCCGUCGGCGCCCUUGCUCCAAAAUCCUUGUAGUGAGGGAGAGUUACGACCUCCUAUAUCAAUAGCAUGCGCGACUGCUGAUGACAGUCAGCAAGAACACGUCGGCACAAGCGAGACGUUGGAUGCCGAGAAACUGAGGAGCGUGGUUGAAAAAAACAGGGUUGCGACAUACCAGGACUCUCGCCAUCCUUUUGCGCACAUCGCAAAGCGCACACGUUUAAGCAGGCGACUGGGACCUGCCAGAGCGAACCUUGUUCCGAGCACGACCGACAAGAGGCAGCGAGGAAAUGUCAAGAAAAAGGCCCUCCUCCUUGCGAUUCGGAGGGACAAGAAGGUGGUAAUUGUUCCACUUCUACUGCUCUUCCUAUGCAUGGGACUGGGGCUAUGGGGCGUGUUUGCGGCGUCAGCGCAGGAGCGGCGGCAGCGGUUGGCCAAUGCGCAGAAUCGUGCGGCCGACAAGGCCCAGACAAUUGCAUCGGAGCUGCGGGCGUGUUACCUCCCAGUCAAGGUCAUGCAGUCGUUCGUGACGCGCUACCCGUACUUCCCCGACUUGAAAGCCACCUUCCCCUCCUUGGCGACGGAACUCCUGUCGCUGACGGCGGCGGGCAGCAUCGACAGCAUGCAGCUCGCCCCGUUGGGGGUGGUGCGAGCGAUUGAGCCUUUGAAAGGCAACGAGGAUGCGAUAAACUUUGACCUGUUGAACGAUACCAAGAACCGAGAGUUUGCGUUGAAGACCAUCGCCUCACAUAACCUGACGUUGGCUGGUCCGUACAAGCUCGUUCAGGGAUACAUGGGCGCUCCGGCUCGUUAUCCCAUCUUCGUGCGAGGGGUGGACCCGAACGACACGUUCGGGACGGGGCAAGACGUCGUGAAUUGCAGUAUAUGCUAUGACCCGAGCACCCGGACCAAAUUUUGGGGUUUCGCGACCGUGAUGAUUCACUGGAAACGGUUUCUGUACGACGUUGUACGAAUUGAUGAUCUCAACCGCCAGGGCCUGCAUUACAGGCUCACUCGGCCAGACGACGUGGAUCGCAGUGUGCCUUUCCUACUGGCGGGCAGAGCUGAGGCGCUCCGUGUCCCCGUGGAGGUGAAUAUUUUGGUUCCUAACAACGUCUGGAGCCUGACGGUGGCGGAUGCGCGUGGCUGGUCGCCAAAUUGGGAGUGGCCGCUGGUCGCGAUGGUGAUAGUAAUGAGCAUACUAAUGGCUAUGCUGGUGGGGAUGGCACUCAUAGGCCGGGCGCAGCAGCACCUGCUGCUUGAGGAGGUGCUGGUAAGUGACCCGUGGGUCACAGUGGCAACCCAUGGUCAAAAGCGCCGUAACGGCCAAAGCAUUAGUCCUCGCCAGAUGAAAGUCUUCUGCAUCUUAGGAGGGGUGCUGGUUGUUGGACGGCCACGGCAGUUGCAAUCUCUAGCUGGUGACGACAAGCAGUCCCCGCAAGUCCUUCGAGAGCUGUCGGUGGCCAUCAAGACCAUCGUCCUGCCCGCGAACAUGAGCGGCAAGGAGAAGCGGGAGAAGAUGGCGGUGAUGGAGGCGGCCAUCAGUUCCUCACUGGCGCACCCAAAUGUGGUCGCGACGUACACCUACCAGAUAAAACCGCUAAAGGACUCCUCAUCCAACUACAAGUCACCUCGUCCGUCGGAUCGCCUCACGCCAUCGGCAAUUCUUGUGGGCAG